AUGGAAAGGGAAAAGUGGAAAGGGAAUUGCAAUAGCAACAGCAACAUCAAUGGGUACUAUUACGACAGGGUUGGGUGUGAUUAUUACAUCGGAGAGGUGCCCAGCAGAGAACGUAGCCCUACCAAGGCUUCUUCGCCUCCCAGACUUGGAUACAUCGAACACCAUGUUUCCAAAUUCGAUACCUUGGCUGGUGUCGCUAUCAAGUAUGGUGUUGAGGUUGCAGACGUCAAAAAGUUGAAUAACCUAGUUACAGAUCAUCAAAUGUUUGCCCUUAAAACUCUCCACAUUCCGCUACCUGGAAGGCACCCUCCAUCUCCUUGUUUAUCAAAUGGUUCCAGUACUCCUGGAUAUGGUAACUCAGAUUAUAGUUCUCCUACUCAGGCACACAGUGAACUGCUUGAUUCAUUCCAAUCCCUGAGAAUAAAGUCAUCUGACCGGAGAGUCUCACCAGCCAUGAUCUCAUUACAGGGUUACUAUGGACUUAAAGGGUCCUCAUGUCCCACUGAAGAUGGUAAUACACCUAUGUCUGAAAGACCUUUGAGUUGUCACCGAAAAUCUAAAAGUUUGGUCAAUGUAAUUUUGGAAGAGAUCAUGGAAAAAUCGAAUGGUGCACCAGCGGCAAAAACCAGGGAAAUUGACUCCACUAAAUGGAAUGACAAACUUGUCCAGAGACGUCAGAAAUCUGUAGCUGACUUUACCAGGAUACCAGAGUUGCGUUUGAGGGAGGAUAAUAGCAACACUGGUGUUCUUCCGUCAAGAACUGGAAAAGGCUUAGCUCUGAGACAGAAAGCACCUAGCCGAAACUCAAUGGUAACUGAUUCUGAAAAUAAUGGUUUGAAUCCUGUGGCAAUGGGUAUGGGGGAUGCUUCACUAAAUGUUGGUUCAUCUGGGGUGAGGAAAUCAUCAAGUACUUCCUGUUUACAUGAUCAAGAUAACAGUGGCUCCUCUUCCAUUUGGCCAACAUCAAUGUGGAAUUUGAAACCAGACUUGCAAGCCCUCUCAACUGCAGCCAUUGGAAAACCAAUAUUUGAUGGCUUGCCCAAGCCAAUAACUGGUCGAAAAAAUAAAGCUGCACUUGAUUAA